CCGGGACUCAGGGCAGGAGUCCCCGCUCCCACCGCGGCUCCUUCUUCCCCCUCCAAGAUGGAGGCCUUAGGGGGCUACCCUGCCAAGUCCUCCAACCCGAAAGCUAAGAAACUGACGGUGCUGCUGAGCAUGACCGUCGGCGUUGGCUGUUUGUUCCUCCUGCAGACGCAGCUGGUGAAGCCCAGAAAACCGAAGGAUUUUUACUCUUUCGAGGUGAAAGACGCGAAGGGGAGGACGGUGUCUCUGGAGAAGUACCGAGGAAAAGCUUCCUUGGUUGUAAACGUGGCGAGUCACUGCGAGCAGACGGAGGCGAACUACAGGUUCCUGCAGGAGCUCCACCGGGAGCUGGGCACGUCUCACUUCAACGUCCUGGCCUUCCCCUGCGGACAGUUCGGGGACACCGAGACCGGGACCAGCCGGGACAUCGAGGCCUUCGCCAAGUCCAGCUACGGCGUUACCUUCCCGUUCUUCAGCAGGAUCAAGAUCAUGGGAUCAGAGGCUGAGCCUGCCUUCAAGUUCCUCACAGAUUCUGUGCAGAAAACCCCAAAGUGGAACUUCUGGAAGUUUCUGGUGAGUCCGGAGGGGAAGGUGAUCCGGUUCUGGCGAACGGACGAGAACAUGGAGAGCAUCCGCCAAGAGGCCACGGCGCUGGUACGAGAACUCAUCCUGAAGAAGCGGGUGGAGCUAUGAUGGAGCUACGAUGGAUGUCAGAGACUGAACUGUUUGCAGCUGAGAGACGUCUCGCUGCAGGAUGAAGAAGAUCCGCUGGUGUCGGCAGCAGAGGCAGCGACAGUCGGAGUGUCUGAGGGACCAUCGUGACAGUCGGGAUGAACAUUCCUAAUAAUGACCACUGCUGCAGCUGAAGGAUUGUUUCGCCUUUGUUGGGUUUUUUACAAAUGUUCAGUUUUGCUUUAUUUUCUACUUGGUUCCAUCUCUUCCUGAUGUUUACAUUAAAGCCUGUUUGAAGCAUUUUAUCCCAGUUUGAGCCUCAAAAACAGCAACAAUAAAAUGAUUCCCUGAUCAUUUGAUUUCAG